AUGUGGUCUGAAGCCAGCUUUGACUAUCUUUGUCGCUUACGUUUUAACGCUUCGAAAGACUACAAAGGGGAAGAAGUUGAAGCUUUCUACAUGGACCUGGAGAAGUUCCACAGAGAAGAUCAUAUCUUCUACAUGGUUAUAAUUGGUGACUUCAACGCCAAAGAACGCUCAGAAGGACGCCUGGAGAACUUCACAUCGGAACCCACGGCCUUCAAUGGAAUGAGCAGGGAGAGAGGCUUUUCGAGUUCAUCACGACCUAAGACCCUCCAUGGGAACUCGCAAUACCAAAAGCCCUCCUCUCUACGCUAG